AUGAAAAUUCGCAAAAAGAUUUUUCAAGUUUUCGGUAGUUCGAAACUUGUUUCAUAUGUUAGCAAUGUUCAUCCAGUAUCUAAUCUUAGAUAUAUAGAAUAUCCUUAUGAUGUAACGUCACCAUUGUCUGUUAAGUUGCAUAAACAAAGAAAAGAAAUUUUAAAGAAAGGCCACAUUUUUUGGGAAAAUAAUAAUACUUUUUACUUUAAAAAGUUAGAAGCAUUUUGCAAUGAUGUUGUUAAAAAAAAGGGUUUAGUUACUGAUGAGGAUAUGCUUGUGUUUUAUAGAGAGUAUUUGCAAAGUUCCAAGUUAAAAAUGAGAGAAUACCAAUGGUCUUGGUAUCAGCAAAUUUUUGGUAUUCUUGUGGAUAGUUUUAAGAUAGAAAAGAAUGAUAAAUAUGCUUGA